CAAAUAAGUUUUGAGUUUUGAGAUUCAAUUCAAGAUGGCCGCCAAUAUACGAAAGUUUUUGUGUCGUUGUAUUAUAAGUAAAUGUUUCGAAAGGACUGUCAGUGAUAACUUUUGUGGACGUUGGUUACGUUUUAAUAGCACAUCAGUAUCGAGAUAUAAUGGAGAAAAGAAAAUUAGGAUAGACCGCAGAAGAGAAAAAUUUUACGCCAAAUGAAAGCAGAGAUAUUAGAAAAGAACAUUUCAAAUCCUGAAAUGGAAAAGUCGGCAAGAUCUAGAAAAUUGUUGAUACCAUUAAACGAUGUAAGAAAAGAAUGGAUGUCAAAACAUUACCCUGAUCAAGUGCAAACCAUGGCAUCCUAUUAUGGAGUCUUCGAUCACAUGCUCGAGGGAAAGUGCUUUAGACCUUCGGUUGUCAUGGAUGUGAACUACAACAAAGAUGAAGUACAUUAUGGAAAUUUUCUACAACCUGAGAAGGCAACGUGCGAACCAGAUGUGUCUUUUCAACCAGUUGACGACUCUUUAACAACCUUGUUGAUGUUAAAUUUAGAUGGUAAUAUUUUCUCAAAGGAUAUUGAAGUACUUCAUUGGAUGGUGGGCAAUAUUCCCAAUGGAGAAAUCAAGCAAGGCGAAGUUGUUAGUCAGUACCCCUGUCCAAUGAAAGGCACUGGAUACCAUAGGUUCGUGUUCUGUUUACUCAGCCAAAAUGACUACCUUAAUUAUGAAACCAUGUCCGCGGAAUUGUUUUCCAGAUGUUUGAGUCGGAGGUCGUUUAAAACAUCCUCCUUCGUCGAAGAUUACGAUUUGGAUCCAAUUGGGUUGUCGUUCUUUCAGGCGUCAUGGGACGAGUCCGUUUCAAAUACAUUCACGGAAAUUUUAGGCAUGCGCGAACCUUUGUAUGAAAGCGACGUUCUUAACUCCGAAUCAGAAGAAACGUGUGGGUCGCCGAACGCUUUGUCGUGGUUUCAUCAUGGUGGUGGUCGGUGGUGA